CCCGAACGCUUGUCGGCAGACAGGAAAAGCCUUCAAGAGUGUCAAGUUUGCGUCGCGGCGAGAGUGCGAGGCGCUCCCGUGCUCCACUUCAUCGGUGGGGGGACCCCAACAACAACAACAAAAAAAAUCUCACCGGCAACUCGCCUCUUUCUUCCACACGCACGCCGACCUCCACUCCUCAAGAGGGGCUCCCCCCUUUCCCCUGCCCCCCCCCCCACCCCCCGAAAAACAGGAGUACCACGUGAAGCAUGCGCGGAUGCUAAGAGCGUUCCCGCCCGCCGAACGCUGAGCUGCCGUCCGCCAGAGCCACCGACCGAGGUCCCUUCUUCCCGUGAGACUCGCACGCUCUCUUCGCGCCAUGUCUGCAGUGGUGGAGGCCAACGUGCCGGUCGUCGCCACCGUCGCCGACCCGAGCGCCGCGUCGCCACCCGCGGCCUCGACGUCAAACUCCCCUCCUGCCUCUCCUGCGACCGCCGCGUCCAAGGUCCCGUUCCGGAAGGACAAGAAAAAAGUGCUGGAGAAAACUGACGAGUACCUGCUGGCCAGGUUUCAAGGGGACGGCGUGAGGUACAAAGCCAAACUGAUCGGCACUGACGAUGUUCCCGAACCUCGAGGGGACAAGAUGUGCCAGGACUCCAUGAUGAAGCUAAAGGGCAUGGCGGUAGCUGCUCGCUCCCAAGGGAAACACAAACAGCGGAUCUGGAUCAACAUUUCCAUGACCGGCAUCAGGAUCAUUGAUGAGAAAUCGGGAGCGAUUGAGCACGAGCACGUGGUGAACAAGAUCUCCUUCAUCGCCAGAGACGUGACGGACAACCGCGCCUUCGGCUACGUGUGCGGGGCCGAGGGCCAGCAUCAGUUCUUCGCCAUCAAGACGGCGCAACAGGCGGAGCCGCUGGUCAUUGACCUGAAGGACCUUUUCCAAGUCAUCUUCAACAUGAGGAAGAAAGAGGCUGAGGCCUCCCAGAAGGGAGAAAAUGGCAGCGCGGUCGUUGAGAAUGGAAGCAACGCCGCACCGGUAAAAAACCCCAACCCGGUGGAGCAGCUGGACCUGUUCGGAGACAUGUCGACCCCGCCGGAUGUCCAGUCCCCGAACGACUCUAAUGAUAUUCUCUUGCUGGACUUCGCCGCCGAAGUCGACAGCAAUCAGAAUUGCAUAAAGGGAACGCUUUUAACUUCCUGUGCCGCCGACCACAGGGCGCCGCCCCAGACAGAGAAUCCCCUCUGCUCGCCGUUCGGCUUCUUUCCAACCCCGGACAGCGACCCUUUCAGAGACGACCCGCUGUCCCAAACGCCCCGUCCCGACAACGGGCCGGCGGUCUCCGCCGGGACUCCCGUCGGCGACCCUUUGAACGGAACCGCCGAGCGCCUCAGCCAGCAGAUGCGGGGCUUAACCACUAUGAACGUGAUUCUGGCUCUGGGUAACGGCCAGUGGCCGCUCGGGGGCAAAAUACCGCACGGCGGCGACUCGGGGUCGGGUCCGUCCCCCGGAAAUCCCUUUUUCGACUCGAGCGCCUCCCCCUUUUCUAACGGCGCGAGCCCCCAAACCGCAGAGAUUGCGAGCAAGGACUCGGUGGUUCUUAACCCGCCUCCGCAGAGCUCGAAGGCCGGACGAGGUCGGAGGACUCAGAAGUCAACAGACGACCUGUUCGGUGUGGAACUGUUCGCUGCUCCCGAAGGCUCGUCGGCUGCCGGCGACCUUUUCAACAACACCUCAGCCCACUCUGCUCAGUCCUCCAUGGCGGCUUUGGGAGAUCUUCAGCUAGGACCACCGGCUAGCACCGGCAUCCCUCCUGCGGGCAUGUGGGGAACGCCCACCGUCGCGCCCACCAUGUACGCAGCCCCCGGGCCGGCCUACCCUCAGCCGUCUGCCUUCGGUGGUCUUCCCAUACCCCCCAAUGCUUGGGGUCAACAGAUGCCGCCUCAGUUUGGCGCCCCGCAUCUCGCCUGGGGCCAUCCGGCUGCGCCGCCCGCAGUUUGGGCUCACCCGGCUUCCACCAACCCCUUCCAACCCAGCCCCUUUCCCAUUCUGGGCGAGCAGCAAGGGCCGUCCCGCCCGCCUCCCCGGCCGCCCGUGAAGGACCCCCCACCGAAGCCGGAGAGAAACGCCUUCACCGCCUUGGACCCCCUCGGAGAGAAAGAGCAGAAGACCGGGAAAGACAUGUUCAAGGACUUCCAGCUCGCCAAGCCGCCCGCCAUCCCGGCGAGAAAAGGUGAGCAGGUGUCAGAAUCGGGAGCGUUCGACCAGUACUUCUCCAGCAAAGUGGGCUUGGCUCAAGAUGCCGCAGACCACGAUGACUUUGACAUCAAACAGAUGUCGGUGGCCGUUAACGACGCGCCGCUUCCGAGCCUGAACGCCCAGAGCCCCUUCGAUGCCGCGUUCUCCUCAAACAGUCCGGCUCCAGGACCGAGCGUCGGUCUGGACAUGUUCGACGAGGCGUUUGGAGCCCCCAACGCCGCUCCUUUUGAGGCCCUGCCUGCCCCGAUGACUGCUCCUGUUGCUCAGAACUCCACCGGUGCCUUCGGAGAUCCUUUCGGAAAUCCCUUCGCUUGACCUUUAAUAAUUGUUCUAAAAUGGAGAUCCCACGAAGUAGCAUCUCAGUGACAAACCGCCGCGAGACGACCUAAACGGCGGCCUCCGUCCAGACUUCUUCCCACGUUGUCGUCGCUGUUGUUUGUUCUGUCUGAUUUAGUAGUCCCCCCCCCCACCCCCCCACCAAGAACGUCGAUCCCAACAUGUUACGUCGUGAUCUGCUGAAGAGAAAACCGGGGAAAGGGGGAACUUUUGUACGCGAAGUGUCCGAAGACACCCGCCGCCGAUGUUGCCUGAAUUAGAAAAAAGGAAUAAAAUAUUGAUAAAGCUGCA